UUUUUUUUUUUUUUUUUUUUUUUGGAUAUCAUUCAUAUCUUGGUGUCAAUAAGAACCAUGAAGAAAUAUGCUAAUGGCAAUUAAUUAUACUGGAACUAUCUGACUCCCCAUUAUUAAAAUCUGGUAAAAGGAGCCCCUCAUCUAGAAAUGAUACGCGGUGGCUGCGUUACAGAGCUGCUAUUGGUUUUCUAAAAGCUUAGAUUCUUUCGUAUCAAUCCUUCUUUGGUACUUUGGGCGUAUUAAUAGAUCGCCAUACAUUUGGGUUGCCGCAUCUCACCUUGCUUGCUAUCUCUCAAGUCACGGUGAUCUAGCAAAAUACGCCUACAAAAUUAUUUCUAUAAACCCUAAUCUCUACUUACUCGAAACUGGACUGUGUCAGAAUGUCGGUAACCCAAAAUACCAAUACACGGUACCUCAAGGAGAACAGCCUACUGAGACUUCUUCAACGACUUUUCCCGGGUCAGGCUGAUUUCAAUAUUCGGCUGAGAGACGACCAAUGGUGUUUCACUGUACCUAGUGCAGUCAGCGAGAGUGACAUCAAUGGGGUGAGAGAUAAUUGAGUUAUACCAAUGCUGUGUCUGAGCGUGGCGUAUAUUGUCGGCUGCUUAGUGGUGUAAUGUUAUAUCGGGUAUCCCGUGUCCCUGGUGUACAUACAGCAUUAAUUAUGUACCCACCAUAGGAGCUAACGGGUCCACGAACUAAGAAUGUUAUAUAUAACUGCUUGCUUUACCAUAUAUCAAAGCGUAUAUUAGUCGGACU